UUUCCUUUUCUAUCUCUCCAUAAUAUACACACAUGAGCACACAUACGAAUUAAGAAAUCUAUCUUAGUUGACAGUCAUUUACAUCUCAUUACCUUAAUUGUUUAACCUGUUGCUGCCUUUCUAUUGAAAAUGAAGUUGCAAAGGGAAUGCCAGCUAUUGACUCCAUCCUUUUGUUUGUUUGCUUGUAGCUUACAUGAACGUAUCAAUUGAUGGUGGUCCUGGAUGUUUGAUGCUGAGAUGCCCCGAUCUAUCUUGUGGAGCUGUUGUUGGCCAAUGUAUGGUCAAUCAGUUGGCAACUAAUCAAGAUAAGGAUAAAUAUGCUCGUUAUGUUCUUAGAUCUUAUGUUGAAGACAGUCGAAAGACAAAAUGGUGUCCUGCACCAGGCUGUGACUAUGCCAUUGAAUUUGUGAUAGGUAGUAGAAUUUGUGAUAGGCAGUAGUGGCUAUGAUGUUGCAUGCUUUUGCUCACAUGGAUUCUGUUGGAAU